CUGGGGCGGGGCCUGGCGCUCGCGUGCCCUUGGUGCGGUGGCUCGCGCGCUCCCGCGGCGGCGGCGAGAUGCGGGCGGCGGGGCGGCGGCUGCUGUUGCUGCUGCUGCUGCUGGCGCUGGCGGCGGGCCCGGGUGGCGGCUCGGCGGAGCAGGGCGGCCUGCCCGCCAAGAAGCUGCGCAUGGCCUACGCUACCGGGCCGCUGCUCAAGUUCCAGAUCUGUGUCUCCUGAGGCUACAGGCGGGUGUUUGAGGAGUACAUGCGGGUUAUUAGCCAGCGGUACCCAGACAUCCGAAUUGAAGGGGAGAACUACCUUCCUCAACCUAUAUAUAGGCACAUAGCAUCCUUCCUGUCUGUCUUCAAACUAGUAUUAAUAGGCUUAAUAAUUGUUGGCAAGGAUCCAUUUGCUUUCUUUGGCAUGCAAGCUCCAAGCAUCUGGCAGUGGGGCCAAGAAAAUAAGGUUUAUGCUUGUAUGAUGGUCUUCUUCCUGAGCAACAUGAUUGAAAACCAGUGUAUGUCAACAGGUGCAUUUGAAAUAACUUUGAAUGAUGUUCCAGUGUGGUCUAAGCUGGAGUCUGGCCACCUUCCUUCCAUGCAACAGCUUGUACAAAUUCUUGAUAAUGAAAUGAAGCUCAACGUGCAUAUGGAGUCAAUGCCUCAUCAUCGAUCAUAGCCCCAUCUAUCAGCACUGAAACUUCUUGCAUUAAGUGGUGGUUUCCAAAGGCAGCGUGGCUCAGACCCAUGAAGGCCUGUACUGAAGACAGCACGCUGUUAGUACAGACUGGAUGCUUCUCUCGCAGCCACGUUGUGCCUCCUGAAAAAAAACUUAAUGAAAGACCUCUUUCAGUGUUGGCAUGUUUCUGGAUACUGCACAGUCAUGGAGUGCAAUAAUACUGUAUAGUUUUUUUAAGAUUUCAUUCGACCAGUUCAUAGCUCAACAAUGCAGGCAUUACUAAUUGUAACUUAUUUUAUAUUCAUGUUUCACACAAUGGCAGAUUGAGUUGAUACCUAGUUUUUCCUCAGAAAAAAGAAGUUUGUUUAAUCUGUUGUAUUUUAUAUGAAUUUAUGUUCUUUUUGUAGUUUAAAAUGAAGUUCUAGGAGUGUCUGAUAUUGUCCUAAACUGCUAAGUAAUUGACAGCUGUCAAAUAUCUCUAAUGUGGUUAAAGCAGGUUUGUAUAUUUUUCAAAAUAUAUGGCAGAGUUGAACAGUGCAUUAUAUACUAAAUUAUAUAAACAAAAUUAUAUGCAGGGUAGUUACAUCAUUUUGUGAGUUCAGUAAAAAUUAAGGUCAGUUGCUGUUUUAAAUUGUGUUGGCCAGCUGAAGAUGUUUUCUUCUUGACCAUUCUGAAGAGAUGAAAAGCUGGGCCUUUCUACUGUCCUAAAUAGAAACCAAGAAAGUUAAUUUAAAUAAAGAGUUCUCAUUUACUGUGUGAA